CCAGAUCCAGGUAAUCCUGAUCCUACGUAUCAAGAGCCACUAAAAGCCCUUUCUCAAGCAAAAGCAGUCCCACCAUCAGCAACAAAACCUCAAGAAUAUUCAACUCCUGUUAAUACUCCUUCAACGUUUGCUCCUCAGUUAAGUGAGACAAAGCCAGCAAUUGAUACUGAGCUGAUUCAAGACACACCUGGAUACACUGAAGUACCUGCUCACAUGAAGAAGAGUACUGGUAGCAAAAAAAAGCAAGAAACAAAAAAUCAAAAUGAUCCAUUGCCUCUUGCUCCCAAUGAUGAAACUGAGGCAACACCUGAUUCCCAGUUAGCGACACACCAGUAUGCCGAUUUAGAUGAAAUAAGAUCAAGGAAGGGACGUCCUCCUCCGCCCACUGUCAUUAAUGAUGUUAAGUAUUCAGAAGUAAUCACGUCUUAGUAGUUAAUAACAGUCAGUUCAUUACGUAUGUAGUGUUGUGUUCACCAAUUAUAUUUACUUACCAUUAUUAUCAUUAUU